AUUAUUUGCCUGAUUGAUAAAGCUGUCCUACGAGUUCCUAAAUCCUGGAAUUUUUAAUCGUGGAUAAUUAUUUACGUGCUACACCGCCUGAUACAUUCACCGGUAUCGACAAGCAACGAUGAAUAAAAAUAAACGUCUCGAGAAAGAGAAAGCCACUCAGGCAUAUGCAGCUCUUGGAAUUGGUUUGAUCUGCGUAUUUUUUGGUAUUCCGCUUUGGUGGAAAACAACUGAGGUAUACAGAGUACCGUUACCUUAUGAUGAAAUUGAAGCACUGACCGACACCAAGGUUAAAUACACAGUGAAAAUCAAUAUAAUAAAUUUUGAUCAAGAUGACCAAGUUGAAUUGCCGAAGCAUUUAAGCAAACAGCUGAAUAUUAACAGUGCUGGUGCAAUAUUAUCUGAAUACAUUGUUUCUCUGCAACAAGCAACAGAAGCGCAAAAAACCGUCUUAGAAUCAGCACAGACUCUCAGAGAUGCUGACAGCAAGUUAGGAGAAGAUCUGUUUACGCAAUCUUCAGGAUAUCAUGUAAUUUUGCUACCUGAUGACCAUCCUCUGAAAGAGAACACACCUUACCUAGGACAGUUCAAUGUCAUCUUUGUUUGUUCAAUACCAAAAGAUGUUGUAGGGUCAAGUGCUAAGAUAGCCAGAUUGUUCCACAAUGUUCUGAGUCGCCAUCAUCCACUUGAAAGACUCUACGAGGCUAGUGCCGGUCUUAAGCAACUCAAGCCUGACAAAGAGAGCAUGCGAUCACUGCGGUUUCACACCCAUUAUGACAUCACAUUCACACUGUUCAGUCGACAACCAGACAUCAUUGACGCUCGAUGGGACAUGGAAGAAGGUGUCCGCUUGUACCUGCAACCCCUGCUGGACAAGCUAAAGGAUUAUGUGGAUAUCAAAGUAAAAUCUCAGACAUUAUUCUACCCUGGGUUUUACAUAAGACCUCAGAAAGAUUAUGAUACUGGAGAAAACUUUCUAGAUCUGCAGAACCUUCCUCACAUGAUAAAUCCAUUAGAAACCAAACUCGGUUUCCAAGCUUCCAACAACCCCAACUUAAAUUUCAUUGUUUAUGUACCAACGCGAGACCAGAGCCCGAUGUACAUCAGAAACAAGAAAGGGGAACGAGAACGAAGCAAUUCCUUCUUGAGUCCACGUUGGGGUGGCAUCCAUAUUUAUAACACGCCAUCUCCUGGCCCAAACGAUACCCUCCCGAUGCGAGUCAAUAUCGAUCUGCAUCAAGUUAUGCAGAUAUUUCUGACUCAGAUUCGAAUGCUUCUUAAUCUCCAGGUUCGCAGUUCAAAUGUUACUUUUUCUCCUAUUGGUUCUGCUGGGGUCACUGAAUGGGAGCUUGCUGGUUGGUUACGAUCUCGAGCUGUUGAAAAUAUUGUGAGUUCUACAUCAACUCUACAGUCACUAGCCAAACUACUUGGUGAGAUCAGUAAUAUUGUAAUUAAGGAUGCCAUUGGAGAAGAGGUAAAAUUGGCAGUGUCAUCUAUUGAAGAAAGUAUAAAACUCUUAGCGGAAGGCAAAGAUGACAAAGCGUUUUUUGCCUCCAAAAAAGCUGUGAUAUCCUCAGAGAAGGCCUUCUUUGACCAGUCACUCUUGGAAUUACUCUAUUUUCCUGAAGAUCAAAAGUUUGCCAUUUACAUUCCACUGUUCCUGCCAGUUAGCAUACCAGUCAUUAUUUCCACAUUCCAUGCCAUUAGAUGGAUGAAGCGCAAAUGGUCUGGGAAAUUAGGUGAGAAAAAGAAAGCCGAGUGAGUUUGUGCUGAAAUCCUUUCUAACGAAUGUAAACCAAUUAAAUUAUUAACACCAACCCAUGUACAUACUUAACGAACAAAUUCAAGUGAAUUCCUAUGAAUUCUCGAUUGUCUCCCACUAUCGACUGAUAGCAAGGUUGAUAUAAGGGUCUGAGUGCUGGAGGUGCUGUUUGUUGGGAGGCAAGUGGUUAAAAAGCCAAAAAAAAAAAUCUCCCCCUGAAUAAAAAUGAAUAAAAA